UCACUUUAACUUAUUACACCAGUUCAACAGUGCAGUUACAAAGAACAGAUCACUGGUAUCAUUAGAUGCGGAACCACGUGAAUCUGUAUCCCUCAAAGAGAGUUGUAGAAAGAAAGAAGAUAAAAUCUGUGAAACUGAAUACCGACUUGUAUAUAAAUCCUAAAGAUUGCCGAAUUUGUUUUUAUAUUAUUAUAUAUAUAUUUCUUCAAUCAUACAUAUACGAUAAGGAUGUUUCCACAAAGUACACAAAAGAAAUGCUGGAUGUUCAGCGACGAAACCGAAUUAACUACAUUGAGAGAGAAAACUAACGCUGACUUUAUUGCAAAACAUGGAACUAACAUGACUGCAGAACAAAAGGAAGAACAUUUCCUUUCACAUACAGAAGAACGUACAUUACUUCGAUUCUAUGAAUUGCAAUUGAGGGACUUUUGUCGACGUUUCAACCCACCAAUGCCACGUGCUACCAUAGCUACUGCCUUACACUAUUUUAAAAGGUUUUAUCUUGGAAACAGUGUAAUGGAUUAUCAUCCAAAAGAAAUCUUGGUUACUUGUGUUUACCUAGCGUGCAAAGUUGAAGAAUUUAAUGUUUCAAUAUCCCAAUUUGUAGCAAAUAUUAAAGGAGAUAGAGGAAAAGCAUCUGAUAUUAUUCUAAAUAAUGAAUUGCUUCUAAUGCAGCAAUUGAAUUAUAAUCUCACUGUUCAUAAUCCAUUUAGACCUGUGGAAGGAAUAAUGAUUGAUAUAAAGACAAGGUAUUCAGGUUUAGAUAAUCCUGAAAAAUUAAGGCCAUAUAUAGAUGACUUUUUAGAAAGGAUUUUCCUGACAGACAGUGUCCUUCUUUAUGCUCCAAGUCAGGUUGCAUUGGCUGCAACUUUACAUGCAGUAUCCAAAGCUUCUGCAAGCUUAGACAACUAUGUUACUGACAUAUUGUUUGCAAGGGAGCAGUUAGGCAGAAUUAUAGAAUCUGUUCGCAAAAUGCGUUCAAUGGCUGCCAAAUCUGUACCUCCAUCACGAGAAGUAGUAAGAGCAUUAGAAAAGAAAUUAGAUAAAUGUAGGAAUCAAGAAAAUAAUCCUGACAGUGAAAUAUACAAACAAAGAAUGCAAGAAAUGCUAGAUGAAGAAGAUCUGCAGGACAAUGAGAGAUAUGCAAAAAUUAUUCAAGAUCAAGCAGCACAUGAUGAAAAAAUUUUGGGAGUUGGUAAAAUACUAUCUCCUUCUGCUGUGUAAUAAUAAACAUAAAUUU